CCUACUAUCCUGCUACUGUUUCUCACUCCUCGCGACGUGUCGUCUGUAGGUGUCGCAUAAGAAGCUGUGACUCACCAUCAGAGCUACAGAAUGGCGAACAGGGUUUUUCUAGUCUUUGCUUUAUUAGUUUGUCUACAUUUCGUUUCAAGUUCGACUCAACUAGAGGAAUGUGCAGAGUGCCCCUCUGGUUGGUCAUGUCUAGCCCAACAUUGCUACAUGUUGGCAACCAACCGCACAACAUGGAUGUCAGCAAACAGCGACUGUGUAGCACGCGGCGGACACCUGACGAGCGUCACGAAUUCGCUCGAAAACGAAUUACUUGCGAAACUCUUUGCAAAAUCAACCGCAUUGGGAUCCGUUUAUAUCGGCCUCAAACGCGGCCUCAUUUCGAGGAGUUUUCACUGGAGCGACGGACUUCCGGUGACAUUCACACGCUGGAAGUUAGGGACAGCAACAAAUGUUGCUGCUGCAUCAAAACAGCACGAUUGCGUUGCCGUGCAUAGUGGCAACGGUAUGUGGCAUCAGGUAGCUUGUUCAGCAGAGUUGGCGUUUGUGUGCAAGAAGCGUGCAGCACCGAGAGACGGACAGGCACGUCUAGUCGACGGUGUUGUGCCAAGUGAAGGCAAAGUCGAGCUGUUUGUGGGAGGAAAGUGGCACUCAGUGUGCCAAACGGGUUGGAAUGGCGACAACGCAAACGUCUUGUGUCGUCAGCUUGCAUACGAGCGAGUUGUUUCUCCUAAUAGCAGCACCACCUUUCAUCUACGUGGCCAGGAUUUUGUCAUUGACAUGGCUUGUGAUGGAGACGAGGAUAGUCUGGGGGCAUGUGCGUAUACAUCCGGAAAGUGCAGUGGUGGAGAUGUCGAAGUAGUGUGCUUUAACGGGAGAGUAACUAGCAGGAAGAGUGAUCGCAAAGUUGCCGCUGAUAGAUGCCCUGCUGGUUGGGUGAAGUAUGCAAGCAGUUGUUUUAAGCAACAUGACGAGUUGCUGUCAUUCGGUGAUGCCGAACGUAAAUGCAAUGAGGUAAAUGGUGGACACUUGGCGAGCGUCGGAAGUUUUCUAGAGCAGGGAUUCAUAUGGUCGACGACAAGAGGAGAUACGAACGUCUGGUUGGGAUUGAGUGACGAGAGUCGUGGUGAUUACAACUGGACUGAUGGAUCGAACGUUUUAUAUGCCAACUGGGCGGACGUUGAGCCGUUAAGAACGGCUAACAAACGAUGCGUCGUUCUUGACGUUUUCACUGGGAAAUGGCGGAAAGAAGAUUGUUCAGCAUCCAAGGCAUUUGUGUGCAAACAGUCUCUGUUGGAUGUUGACAAUCCUAGUACAGAAGACCGUGUUGAUACGAGAUGUGACACACAGUGGACAUACUACAACGGCAACUGCUACUUCAUACAAUACAAAUUUGAUCUCGCAGCACAACUUGCAUCAAGUCUAUGCACAGGGGGAGUACACGACGGCCAUUUGACGUCAGUCAUCAGCAGUCGUGAACACGGGUUUGUCUCCACGUUACUGAGUCCAGUCGACAGCUACUGGAUUGGAUUGCAGGACAGUGGAGCACAAGGGCAGUUCGGUUGGAGCGAUAACUCUUCGGUGACGUUCACGCAAUGGGAUGCUUACGAGCCUCAGGUAAAUCGUUCUGAUGGUAACUGCGUGUUGAUGCUCUACAAAGCCGGACGGUUUGUAUGGCAAGCUGCUCGCUGUGACAUGAUAGUCAAAGCCAUAUGCAAAGCUCCUGCCAUGGGUGAACCCACCUCACCUCCAACGUUACCUUCACUUGGUGACGACAGGGUCGAGAUGUGUCCUCCUCGUUGGAUUCAAUAUGAAAAACAAUGUUAUCUCGAUGCAACUGAGAGACGUACGUGGAUUGAUGCCGAGUCUGAGUGUACGAGAGAUGGUGGUCAUCUCAUCAGCUUUCACUCUGCGACUGAUCAUCAGAUCGUUGUGAAAAAUCGUGAUGUGUGGGUGGGUCUAAAUGAUCUGGAAGUGGAAGGGAGAUACAGAUGGUCGGAUGGGUCGCCUCUCAAUUACGUCAACUUUUAUCAGAGACACACAAAUGGUGUUGAUCCACAACAGACCGAUUGUUUUGUCUCGAGAAACGGAGCAUGGGAGUUGAGAAAGUGCGACGAACGUCAUCAGUUUAUCUGUUGGCAGCCGGUUAUUUUGGAUGUCGAUGAAUGCAACAGUGAGUUAGACGAGUGUGAUGAUAACGCACGAUGUGAGAACACGAUUGGAUCAUACACGUGCCGAUGUAGUCGGAUUGGAUACGCCGGAGACGGUUUCACGUGCUCAGAUGUGAAUGAGUGCAACAACGAUGCUCACAAUUGUCACAAGUUUGCUCAAUGUGUUAACACAAUCGGCUCGUAUGGUUGCGUUUGCCAACCUGGCUGGAGAGGAAAUGGAAACGAUUGCACAGAUAUUGAUGAAUGUCGGGAGGGGAGUCACGGCUGCAGCGAGUUUGCUGAUUGUGUUAACACCGAUGGCUCGUUUACGUGCAAGUGUAAGAAAGGAUACGUGGGUAAUGGCAAGACGUGCAAUGACAUAGACGAAUGUAACGGCAUCGUGUUCCCGUGUAAUCCUAACGCGUGGUGUGCAAACGAUCCAGGAUCAUACACGUGUAGAUGUAGAAAGGGCUGGAGCGGUGACGGCAUCGAGUGUAUGAACGUCAACGAAUGUCGUUUGGGUUCAACGAGAUGCAAUACGAACGCCGUGUGUGUUGACGUUCAUGGAUCUUACGAAUGUCGAUGCAAAGACGGCUAUCAAGGUGACGGAUUCCAAUGUACUGAUAUCAACGAGUGUAACAUAGGGUCACACUCGUGUCACGAUCGUGCGACGUGUGUCAAUCAGGAAGGAUCGUAUACGUGCCGGUGUAACGUAGGAUGGAGUGGGAACGGAUCGGUUUGUGUGGAUGUGGACGAAUGUGCAACAGACGGACAUAAUUGUCAUGCACAAGCAUCGUGCACGAACACUCGGGGCUCGUUUCAGUGUACAUGCAAUCAACCUGGUUGGGAAGGUGAUGGCAGGCGUUGUAAAGAUGUGAACGAAUGUGCAACAGAGAGACAUGAUUGUCAUGCACAGGCAUCGUGCACGAACACUCGGGGCUCGUUUCAGUGUACAUGCAAUCAACCUGGUUGGGAAGGUGACGGCAGGCGUUGUAAAGAUGUGAACGAAUGUGCAACAGAGAGACAUGAUUGUCAUGCACAGGCAUCGUGCACGAACACUCGGGGCUCGUUUCAGUGUACAUGCAAUCAACCUGGUUGGGAAGGUGACGGCAGGCGUUGUAAAGAUGUGAACGAAUGUGCAACAGAGAGACAUGAUUGUCAUGCACAGGCAUCGUGCACGAACACUCGGGGCUCGUUUCAGUGUACAUGCAAUCAACCUGGUUGGGAAGGUGACGGCAGGCGUUGUAAAGAUGUGAACGAAUGUGCAACAGAGAGACAUGAUUGUCAUGCACAGGCAUCAUGCAGUAACACAGACGGCUCAUUCCAGUGCGCGUGUAAUCAGCCCGGGUGGGAGGGUGAUGGUCGAGUUUGUGAGGAUGUCGACGAGUGUGUGACAGGAAACAACGAUUGUAACGAAAAUGCUGUAUGUAGGAACUCUCCGGGACGUUUUGUGUGCGAGUGUAACGAAGGUUACGUUGGAGAUGGUGUGACUUGCACUAAAGAUUCGUGUCCACCGUUCACCAUACUCGCAGAUGGUGUGAUAAUCGGUGGCAGUUUCUUGUUUGGUGACACGGUUACCUUCAAGUGUAAUUCCGGGUUUCGUCUCUCCGGCUCUGGGAAACGUCGUUGCCAGGCAAUGGGAACGUGGAGCGGCCAACAGGCAAGAUGUAUUGAUGUCAACGAAUGUGCCGAGAAGGUGAGCGAUUGCGAUGUCAACAACCACGGCACGUGCACCAACACUGACGGUAGCUACAGCUGCGGUUGUGAACGUGGAUAUCAACUCUUGAACAAACGAUGCUCUCCGAUCUCUUGUGGUCGGCCGUCGCUGUCUCAACACGUGACAAUGGAUUUUGUGGAUUUUGUGUUCGAAAGUGUGGUGACGUUUGGUUGUGAUUCUGGAUAUGGUAGGUCGGGAUCAUCGUCGGCGACAUGUCAAGCGAAUGGACGAUGGAAUAGCAAGUCACCUGUGUGUCUAGAUAUAGACGAAUGUGCUAAAGGGUCACACUCAUGUCAUAGACAUGCAAAAUGCGUGAACAGCGACGGCUCGUUUGACUGCACGUGUAAUGAUGGAUGGAAAGGCAAUGGACGAAACUGCAAAGAUAUCAACGAGUGCACAACUGGUAGUUACACAUGUCAUGACAACGCACACUGUGUGAACACUAAUGGCUCAUAUACAUGCCACUGUCUACCUGGUUUUAGCGGCAACGGACGCUCGUGCGUCAAUAUCAAUGAGUGUGAGGGUGACCAUGGUUGUCAUAAGGAUGCAAAGUGUGACAACACGAUGGGGUCGUAUAGAUGCAAGUGCAGGAGGGGAGCGAGUGGAGAUGGAUGGAAUUGUGAGGAUAUUGAUGAAUGCGCUACUCUCAAUCACGACUGUGAUGUGAAUGCUGAUUGUAAGAACACCCAUCGAUCAUACAAAUGCAGAUGUCGUGACGGCUGGUUCGGUGACGGGAAGACGUGCAACGACACCAACGAAUGCGAUCAGGGAAAUCACUCGUGUGACGCUCACGCUACGUGUCGAAACACCGAGGGAUCAUACAGGUGCGUAUGUCACAAAGGAUGGCAGCUUGUCGGAAACAGUUGCAUUGAUAUCAACGAGUGUCAGCUUGGUACUCACGCUUGCAGCAAGCAAGCACAAUGUGUGAAUGCCCGUGGAUCGUACCGAUGUGUGUGUAAUGUUGGUUGGCAUGGUGAUGGCAAGACGUGCAUUGACGUCGACGAAUGCGGCGAAGUGAAUGAGUGCGAUGUUCACGCGACGUGCGUGAAUUCCGUCGGUUCGUACGACUGUCGUUGUGAUGCUGGAUGGAGAGGCGACGGAUUCACAUGCAAAGACAAGAACGAAUGUUCCAGUGGAAGUCACGAGUGUCAUCAACAUGCCGACUGUAACAACAACGAAGGUUCGUAUCGCUGCAUGUGCAAGUCGCCCGGCUGGAGUGGCGACGGUUUCAACUGCAGUGACAUCGACGAGUGUCAUAGUGACAAACACGAGUGUCACACUCAAGCUGAAUGUCGGAAUACUCACGGCUCGUAUCAGUGUGGCUGUAAAGAAGGCGGCUGGAGGGGAGACGGAUAUGAAUGUAUUGAUAUCAAUGAGUGUCAAGAGGGGACUGACGAGUGCGAUGAGAAUGCCGAUUGUGUGAACGCACCGGGAUCGUAUGAGUGCGUGUGUCGACGACCGGGUUGGAGAGGAGAUGGACGUCGGUGUGUUGACGUUGAUGAGUGCGUGGCCGGUAGUGAUAACUGCCACGUGAAAGCGAAAUGUAGGAACACAGAUGGAUCGUUCAAGUGCACGUGCAGAAGUGGAUACUCCGGGAAUGGAACGUCGUGUAGUGAUGUGGACGAGUGUCAGUCCGGGCAACACAACUGUGACCCGAAUGCCGACUGCGUUAAUUCCGAUGGCUCGUUUUCGUGUCGUUGCAGACACGGAUGGAGCAGGUCCGGUUCCACAUGUGCAGAUAUCAACGAGUGUCUUUCUGGUCAACAUGAAUGUGACGUUCACGCUCAGUGUGUUAAUAUCGCCGGCUCGUACACGUGCAAGUGUAAUGAACCUGGUUGGCAUGGCAAUGGAAAAACAUGCAUCGAUGUGAAUGAAUGCCGCAGGAGUCUCGAUCGAUGUCACAGUGAGGCUCGAUGUAUCAACUCCGAGGGAUCAUAUCGAUGCAAGUGUAAGUCACCUGGAUGGGUCGGCAACGGUUUCAACUGUUUUGAUUUCAACGAGUGUAAAGAACAGACAGACGAAUGCCACGUACAUGCGGUCUGUAUGAACACCAAUGGCUCUUAUACGUGUGAUUGUGAACGCGGAUACAGUGGGAAUGGUAAAGAGUGUGUUGAUAUCAAUGAGUGCACUGUUGGACAUGAGUGUCAUGGUCGUGCGCGGUGUGUGAAUACGGAUGGCGAUUACGAAUGCGUUUGUUUGCCCGGAUGGUCGGGAAAUGGUUUCGAAUGUGGAGAUGACGAUGAGUGUGGGAGUGAGAGUGAUCGGUGUCAUUUGCAUGCUCGAUGUAUUAACUCGCUCGGGAACUACUCGUGUGUGUGUGAGGCUGGUUGGACUGGAGAUGGAUUCAACUGUAUUGAUAUCAACGAGUGUGCCGAAGGCCAUGGCUGUGACCGACACGCCUCCUGUACAAACACACCAGGCAGUUAUCGUUGUAGCUGUAAACACGGCUACAGUGGAAACGGGAAGAAAUGCCGAGAUGUUGACGAGUGUCAGACCGGUGAUCACAAAUGUCACAAACAUGCAAAGUGCAAGAACAAGAGCGGCAGCCACACGUGUCGUUGUAAUGCCGGUUACACUGGAGACGGCAUGACAUGUGAACGUCUCGCCUGUGGGACAGUCAAAAAUCCUGUGAAUGGGAGAAGAGAAGGCAGCAGCUACAAGUUUGGUGAUACACUCAAGUUUGUAUGCAAUCGUGGCUUUAAACUCGUUGGUUCGUCGGCUCUCGAGUGUCAGGCUGAUGGCACGUGGAAUGAUAGUGUGGCAGUCUGUGGGGACAUCAAUGAGUGUGAGACAGGUGAUCACAACUGUCAUCAAGAUGCAACGUGUGAGAACACCGUCGGCAUGCAUACGUGUCGUUGUAAUGCCGGUUACACUGGAGACGGUGCAACAUGUGAACGUCGCGCUUGUCCAGCAGUCAAGAAUCUUUCAAACGGGAGGAGACAAGGCAGCAGCUACAAGUUUGAUGAUACGGUCAAGUUUGUAUGUAAUCGUGGCUUCAGACUUAUCGGCUCGCCGUCUCUCGAGUGUCAGGCUGAUGGCACGUGGAAUGAUAGUGUGCCAGUAUGUGAGGAUAUUGAGGAAUGCGGUGAGAAGCGUCACAAUUGUAGCCGACAUGCCACGUGUAUGAACACAAACGGAGCAUUUUCAUGCCAAUGCAUCACAGGUUACCAUGGCAAUGGCCACAGUUGCGAGAUCAUGCGAUGUCGACAUCUGCAAACGAUCAAAGCCGGUCACAUGCACAGCAGUAGUCGUACAUACGGUGCAGUCGUGAGAUUUUCAUGCCAAAACGGAUACAAACUGCAAGGCAAUCAGAAUGUCUCGUGUCUUGCUAACGGGCGAUGGGAUCACAGCGAGCCAACUUGCAUCGGUUUGCAAUGCAAAUUGGUUGAAGUGCGGCAUGCUCCAGAAUCCAGUCUGAGUUCAUCUGCUAUAAACGGCAUGAGGAUGAAGAAGUCUAGACCAGAGAACAAACAGCAAGUGAAUGAAGAAGAGGAAGAAGGCCUGAAGAGCGUGGGAAGAAGGGUAAUUGUGCGACAAACUUCAGGAUCUUGCCCAACUGCACCACUUGCCACAAAGACAGAAAGAAGUCUCCACAUCAAAAGAACAGAAGAAAGGUUGAACAUGAACAAUGCAGAAGAUGAAAAAUUGAAGAGCACCGAAGAAGGGGUGAAAGUGCGGCAACAUCGAAUAUUCCAUACGACUGCAAUGACCAGAGGUAAAAAGAAAAGAAUCCAAGAAAGAGAAAUCGAAAAAAGCAAACCAGAUGAGCAAAGAAUCCUGAAGAGCGCUGGCCCAUUGUUUUACCAUUCUUGCACGAAUGUUGUAGAUGUUGACGAAUGCGAUGAGAAUCUCUCACAUUGUGAUACGACGAAUGGAAUGUGUCGUAACUCUGCGGGCAGCUACUCGUGUGUUUGCAAUCUCGGGUUUGAUUUAGACAAAGAAACGUCGAUAUGCAAACGCAAACGAUGCCCAACGUUGACUCGUCUUCGUCAUGGCUCUCUCCACGGGCAACAGUCUAUGUUUGGCGAUAACGUUUCUUUCACAUGUGAUGUCGGCUUUGAGUUACACGGCUCUCCCUCACUCACUUGCAAAGCAAACGCGAAUUGGAGUGGAAAGAAGCCGGCAUGCAAACGUAUUAGUUGUGGAGCUCCGGGUCGUGGUUCUCUGCCUGUGCAUCUCAUAGCAACAGGAAGGAAAUACAAGUUUGACUCGGAAAUCUUGUUUUCAUGUCAAGAUGGGUAUGAGCUGGAAGGUGCUGGGAAGAUUCGUUGUACAGCAACGGGUGUUUGGAGUCAUCCAUUGCCGAACUGUCAAGGUUUUUCUUAUUGUCGGUUUCUAUUGCAUUUUUUGUUUCAAUUUUAUGUUGCAGACGUCGACGAAUGCGAGACAAACGUUCACGACUGUUCGGCGAAUGCAAUCUGCGUAAACCUCGAUGGUUCGCAUUCGUGUAGCUGCAAACGUGGAUUUACUGGCAACGGAUCAGUAUGUCACGACGUUGAUGAAUGUGAGAUGGAGACACACGCGUGUGACACGAACGCUAACUGCACGAACACGAUGGGAAGCUACGAAUGUCAUUGCCGACGCGGUUGGUCCGGUUCUGGCCUCGAAUGCAGUGACAUCGACGAGUGUAGUACUUCGCAUAUGUGUCACACAAACGCGGACUGCACCAACUCGGAUGGUUCAUACACAUGCCGUUGCUCAGAUGGAUACGAAGGAAACGGAUUCCAAUGUUCGGACAUCGAUGAAUGUCGGUCGUCUCACGAGUGUUUGUCACCUGCCGUGUGUCAUAAUACGGACGGUAAUUAUACGUGUACAUGCCCCCGUGGACUCAUUCGUUAUGCACGAGAAUGUUUGGCUAGUUGCUAUGGCAACAUUACUAGCGACACUCGAGGAAAUAUCACAUGGCCUAUCACGACAGCCCGGGAUACUGCACGAGUAGAUUGUCCGUUUGGAUCGGUUGGACAAGGGGGUGACCGGGCUACACGAUUAUGUCAAGAGACCGCGACGGGAGAGGCAGCGUGGAGUGAUCCCGACAUGAGUGCUUGUCGGUUUAGAUCAUUACGGACGAAUUUGCUUCGAGAUAUUGCUGCUGGAGGAAUCACAGAUGAUAACGUGUUCAGUGUGUCUGGACAACUCAGUGAGACACUGCAGGCGAACUCUGAUCAGUUGACCUCAGACGACAUCCAAUUUACGACUCAAGUUUUGGACAAAAUCGUUAGUAUUGGUGCCACAGCUGACGUUGAACGGACUGGUGAGCAGCUUCUGAGUAUUACAUCCAGCAUUAUGAAUGCGUCGGCGUUGGCUAUUGCUGACAGUCAGAAAUCAGGAAAUGCGUCAUCCAAAGUUCUUGGUGCUAUGGACAUGUUUGUCAAAGUUGGUUUGAAUGAGGAGAGGAGAGAACUGACACAGAAAUCGAGGAGUGUUGGACUGAAGGCUCAUGUGAUCAACGACAACACAUACAAAGGCCUAUCUUUCUCUCUCUUAACACCAAACGAUAUCAACAAAGACUCCAAUCUACUAGACCAACGAAUGAUCAGCAACACAGACGACACACCAACCGUUAACGACGUCACCGCUCUGCAGCUUUCGCUUCCACCAACUCUCUUAAAAGAGACGCCACAUUCGUCUUCCGAUCGAGCAGAGAAAAUCUCAUUCAUCGUGUACGACAACGCCAAGUUGUUCCCUCUACAAGACGACGAGAACGAAAACGUUAGCAUCAACAGUCGCGUCGUCAGCGCGUCUGUACUCGGACUACAAGUCACUGACUUGGAUCAUCCGGUUACCAUACGUCUCGCACAUACGCAGACACCUCCUGCUAACACGUCGAUUUGUGUUUACUGGGAUCCUCACACGAAUGGAGGGUUUGGUGGUUGGUCGAGCGAAGGUUGCUGGUUGGAUAGCGACGAGAGUACGGAUACACACACCGUGUGUGAAUGCAAUCAUCUCACAAACUUUGCGAUUAUGAUGGAUCUGUCGUAUCAACUUGGGCACGAACGUCUGGCAAAGGGCGUCGAGACGGCUUUAUCUGUGAUUAGCUACGUGGGAUGUGCCCUCUCAAUAAUCGGUCUCACUCUCACUCUCGCUGCUCUUCUCUACUUCAAGAAGCUGCGUUCGUCGCUUCUCCACCAGAUUCACAUUCAGCUCUGCUCGUCUCUCUUGUUGAUGCUCGUCGUGUUCCUCGUCGGUACGGAACGUCACGGGUGGAAGACGCAUGGCGUGUGUGCCAUGUUUGGCGCUCUCCUUCAUUACUGUAUUCUCGCGGCGUUUGCGUGGAUGGGCAUCGAGGCGUUCUACAUGUACAAGUCACUUGUUCAAGUAUUCGGUGCAAGUUCGACGAGGACGUUCUUGUUACGCUCAUGUGCGUUAGCGUGGGGUGUCCCAUUGAUUCCAAUUAUUAUUGUGGCGGCAGUUGAUAGUCACAAUUACACGUCUAAUAGUUUCUGCUGGCUUAGCAACGUUCCUGCAUUCUUUGCAUCAUUCUUCGUUCCCAUCAUGGGCAUUUUGGUAUGGAAUGUCAUUGUGUUCGUGUGGGUGUUGCGUAUCAUCGUCAUGCAGUCGCGAGCAAAGUCGAUCCGUUACGACAAAGGGAAGCAGAAAUCGAAGAGAAAAGAAUUCCAAGCUUGUUUAGCUGUCAUGGUCCUGCUCGGUCUCACGUGGCUCUUUGGAGCUUUCAUGAUACGAGACGGUCGACUCGUUUUCAGUUUCUUGUUUGCAAUUUGCAACUCCCUGCAGGGAUUCUUCGUCUUCUUGUUCCAUUGCGCUCUGAACAAGGAAGUACAGAAAGCAUUCACAUUCCAAUUCUGGCCGCGAAUGUACAGGAAACACUUCGUAUCAACAGCAUACUCAUCGAGUUUCAAUUCCCGAUCGACAGUACGAAGAACACCAGUUCGUCAGGGAACAGUUAUGAUUGACUUGGACGAGAACAAGAAGAAGUACGCACUCAACAAGCAAGACACAAUCUCCGAGGAUUUGGACGAUGUCAAUUCGAAGGACUGUGAAGCAAACAGCAUCACUGAGGACGGUUUAGGGCAGACAGAGAAGACCGAAGAAGCACCCGUUGAGCAAGACACUCAGCAGCAAAUGCCCGAUGUCCUCAGCAUUCCCGACAUCGUCGUUGACACAACAGAAACAAACAAAACCAUCAACACGGAACCGGCAACCAACGAACAUCACAACAACAACAACAACAACAUCGACAUUGAUGACUCUCCCAAUAUGGCCAUAGAAUCACCCAACGAAAACAAUUUUAUAAACGAGAGAAAUGACGUUGAGAUGAGUGAUGGAGACGAGGCAUACAGCGAGAGUCCGCUGAGCGAGUUUGGUCAAACUUUACACGACGAACUCCAAGAACCGGCGAGAUGUCGAAGUGUCACUCCCAGUAAUCUAACAGUCGGCAGUCCGGCCGUACCCGACUAUCUCACCGAGGAUUCAUAGAUACGAGGAUACAUACGCGAGUGAAUGUAAGAAAUCGAUUGUAAGUAUUGUAGCUCGAGUUUUGUAGAGCCGCGUCUAUACAGACAAACUGGAUUUAUAAUGAUUGAUUGGCUAUAACGUAGCGUAGGAUGUAUGACGCACUGUUGCUACCUUCUAAUGAUAGUUUACAAGAAUAUCGGAUUUUAUGACAUUAGA